AUGCGCGCGCUCGCGCGCGGGGGCGCCUCCUCGGCGCGCGCCGCGCGCGCACCUCGAACGCGACGCGCGCCGCCGCGUCGUCUCGCCGCCGCGCGACCCCGCGCGGCCUCCUCCGGGGACGACGCCGCCGAAAGCGGGUGGCGCACGCUCGGCGGGACGACGGCGUCGUCGCGCGAGGACUCGGGCUGGAUCGCGGUCCAGGACGAGCCGUCCGUCUCCUCGCCGGAGGAAGACUACGAGCGCGACUUCAGCGGAAGGGUCGUGUACCGCCCGCGCGGGUACUACUACGACGCCGUGCGCGCCUCCGACGCGGGCGAGCGCGUCAAGGUGGACGUCGGCGUCGUCGACAAGCGCCGCGCGCGCACGUUCUGCAUCGCGAAGCGGCUCGCGGGCGGAUCGGAUCUCGUGGAGGUGACGAUGGAGCGGCCGCUCGGGAUCGUCUUCGAGCGCGACACGGAGGGGCGCGUCCGCGUCGCGGACUUCGUGGACGGCAGCAAGGCUGGCCGCGCGGCCGCGGUGGAUCGUCUGCAGGGGCUGAACGCGAUCGGCGCGGCGGCGCCGCGUCGCGGCGACGUGCUUCGAGCGUUCACCGCGUCGACGCUGUCGUUCGGUCCCCGCGCGCAGCUGUUAGGGGAUCUGUCCGGGACGAAGCGCGCCGUGGUGUUGUUCGGCGCGGACGAUCAGCCGUGGGGGAAAGUGUCGUCGAGCCUCAGCAGCGGGCUCGUGAGGGACGGGCCGGUGACGUUGAUCUUGGAGAGGCACCGAGACGCGGAGAUGCAAAAGGCGUGGACGCCCGAGCCGGCGGAGGCGCGCGGCGUUCGCGGCGACGCGUCGCGGUCGGGGGGGGGCACGCGACGGAGCGGCGCGGGAAGCGCGUGGCGAGGACGAGCUUGGACUUGGGAGGCGUCCCGGACCCGAUAA